AUGCCUGAAUUCGCUCUCAGAAAGCCGGAAGAGCGACGUUCAUACUACGGAUAUGGGCGGGAGCAGGAAGUGCGUGAACCUGCGUUAGAUGGCCAUAAUCUGUCAUCAGUCGUCCAACAUUGCAUGAAGCUGGGCCUUGAUGACUGCAUCAACCAGUUAAUUGGUAGGAUCCUGCAGGAGAUCACUGUCAUGGAUACGAAAGACUUUCCCACAGCCAUCCUGCCUCUACUGGAAAGCCUCUUGUCGGACAUCAAGAAGGGCGAAAUUCAAGCCGAGAGAUUCCGACGCCUCUUCCAAUCCAGUUUGGUCCAGUACAUUGCCCGACACGUCGGCGAGGAGCCCAAACAAGCCAACUGGUCUCGAGAGCCGAUUGAUUGCGAAGGUAAGGACCGUUAUGCAUACUACUCUCUACCCGCUGAGAGACGAAAGGAUAUAGAGCCUUGUCCGGAUUGCCAGCAGAUGAACAAGUUCAACCAAGACCCCAAAGAGACAGUCUGGCGUUAUCCUGCUGCAGAGAAACAUCGCGAUCAUUUGAAAUACAAACUCGAAGAAGAAUACCAAUGCUCCACGACCGUCGAAAGAACUAACAGGCCAUUCAUCCUUGUAGUUACCAAACACAAGAAAGGGUUGAAUGAAAAGCAUCGGAAAUGGGCCUCACGGGUCGCUGAAGUCAAACUGCACCCGAAGGAACUUGAGGGCCGCCAUCGCUUCCUUGAAAUUAUACUUGCUGAGAAGUACAGCGAUAUAAUGGUUGUGCGUGCGAGCAAACUGACGGCAGAAGUUGAUCAGGCAAAAGGGGAGACCGAGGACCAGAUAUCUACUUGUGCAGGAGGAGUGAUUCAGAGUUACCCAAGUUCUCGCGGACAGAAAAGGAAGGCAGUUGUAAUCGAUCUGACCGAUGAUUGGGACGAUGUUACGCAUCACGUACUGGGUAGUCGAGUUACGCGAUGCAAGCGUUCUUAUCAAAUCAGUUGGAGUAAACUAGAUGAACAACCUUCAGUGCUCAUCUCGUGUUAUAGUCUCAUAAACUUCAUGACAACAUCCCGUAGCCCUUCUCGCAGAAAGUUUUUGUAA